AUGGCCUUCCAGGCUCCUGUCACUAUUCAGAAUAUUGCAUCCGUCACGAGCGAACUAUGGCCAUCCAUGUCUGCUCUACUCCAGGCGCCGUUCCGAACCGUCAACCACCGCACGCCACCGGCCUUCCCCAAAAGAGAUACGCAAGGGGCAGUAAUAAACAGCAUACCGGAACAAAGCGCCGCCAGCGAGGUGCGGACGGCUCCGAGGCAGGCGCUGCCAGAUUGCCUUGAGACAGUGCCGGCCGCAGCCAUGAGGUUUCGUCCAUCACCUGAGGUCCUUCGAUUGACGCCCACAACAACGACGCUGUUUUCAGCACUUUCUAAGAACGCUCUCCGGAAUGCCAAUCCCCUCGCUCGUGCGCUACCUCCCGUCUCUAUGGCCUCGCGCCAGUACUCUACGUUCACUCGUCUGGGGCCUCUCAAGCUCCAUGCCAUCCCUCGGCCAGGCAACGUGGGGCUCUCACAGACACGUAGCAUCUUCGGCGGUAACACCUCUCGGAACCUCCUCUCGCAUAUGGAACAAACGGCGAACAAUAACCCAACAAGCGCCACCGCCCAAAACGCAUUCUACUCCGCUCUCCUUCGCGCCAAUCUGCCGGAAAUACUCAUUGAGCGCUACCAGAGCGGACGCUAUGCUAGCAAUCCCGCUUGCGAAGCCACUUAUGUCCGCGCGCUUGAAAAGAUUGGAGAGACCGAGAAAGCUGCAGCUAUCAUGGAGAACAAGGGUACAACUGGGCAGACUGGUACGCUGACCCCUGAGCAAUUGCAAGCGAUCGGCCAAGCCGUUGGUGCCCGUGCUCGCGGCGGUAACAUUUCCAUAGCGCGUAAUGGCUCCGGUGGCAAGGAAUCUCCGCUCUACGUCGUCGUCGAAGAGUCCACAGGCAGCACUAUCUUCAAAUGGGUCAAGUUCUUCGUCUACUUCGGCUUAAUCACCUACUUCUCCCUUGUCGUACUCACUCUUAUCGUUGAAGCGAGCGGUAUGCUCAAGAAAGUCGGCGGUACCCAGAACGCCGAGGCCAGACCCGAGCUUCAGACCACGCGCUUCAGCGAUGUCCACGGUUGCGACGAAGCGAAGGAGGAGCUCCAAGAGCUCGUCGAGUUUCUCAAAGCACCCGAAAAGUUCUCGACUCUCGGUGGCAAGCUUCCGAAAGGUGUCCUUCUUGUCGGUCCACCCGGUACUGGUAAAACCCUUCUCGCGCGUGCCGUAGCGGGCGAAGCCGGUGUCCCCUUCUUCUACAUGUCCGGCUCCGAAUUUGACGAAGUCUACGUCGGCGUCGGCGCCAAGCGUGUGCGGGAACUGUUCAACGCCGCCCGUGCCAAGGCCCCUGCCAUUGUCUUUAUCGACGAGCUAGACGCCAUCGGCGGCAAGCGUAACGAGCGCGACGCAGCCUACGUGAAGCAGACUCUGAACCAGCUCCUCACGGACCUCGAUGGCUUCGACCAGAACUCCGGCGUCAUUUUCCUCGCGGCAACCAACUUCCCUCAGCUGCUCGACAAGGCGCUCACUCGCCCUGGACGCUUUGACAGGAAUGUGAAUGUACCACUGCCGGACGUUAGAGGCCGAGUAGCGAUUCUCAAACACCACAUGCGCAAUGUUCAAAUCGGCACUGAUGUCGACGCCGCCGUUCUUGCGCGCGGCACGCCUGGCUUCAGCGGCGCGGAGCUCGAGAACCUCGUCAACCAGGCCGCGGUGCACGCAUCCAAGAACAAGGCCAAUAAAGUCACUAUGUCUGCUUUCGAGUGGGCCAAGGACCGGAUCCUCAUGGGCGCCGAGCGCCGCUCCGCUGUCAUCCAGCAGAAGGACAAAGUCAUGACUGCAUAUCACGAGGGUGGCCAUGCGCUCGUUGCUAUGCUCACGAAAUACACGGAUCCGCUCUACAAAGCGACCAUAAUGCCCAGGGGUCACGCGCUAGGCAUCACGUUCCAGCUCCCGGACAUGGACAAAGUGAGCAUGGCAAAGAAGGAAUAUCUAGCGAAGAUCGAUGUCUGCAUGGGCGGCAAGGUCGCCGAAGAGAUCGUCUACGGCCCCGACGACGUCACAUCGGGCGCUUCAUCCGAUAUCCAGACCGCGACGCAGAUUGCCUACUCCAUGGUCACGCAGAUGGGCAUGUCGGAGGAACUGGGCAAUAUCGACCUGCACUCGGACUACUCUCGCCUGUCGUCGGAAACUAAGAUGCGCAUCGAGAACGAGGUCCGCAAGAUCGUCGAAGAGGGCAGAUUGAGGGCUAAGAAGCUCCUUACCGAGCAUCGCGUCGAGCUUGACCGUCUCGCCAACGCGCUCGUUGAGUACGAGAAUUUGAACAAGGAGGAGAUGGAGAAGGUGGUCAGGGGUGAGAAGCUUCCAGAUCGCCUGCUUGCGAGUCCGGAGGCCCCGAUCAAGAUCCCUGCUGUAGGCCUGGGCUUGCCGGGGAUUACGAGCGGCGGGAGUGCGGGAGGUGGGCCUGGUGGUGGGUCUGCGGCGGGCGAUGAGCCUGGGCCUGGAUUGCCGGGCCCGGGUGUCCCUGGUGGAGGCGAUGGUGGACCGCCCCGGCCGUAUCCGGCGGGUCAGUGA